AUGCAGCCUCAAGCCACAGCGUUAACAGAGCCAAUCAUCAGACCUCCAACUCCUGAUUUUUCGUCACUCACACCUGAUGAACUUAAUCAAUUAGAAAUCGUUCUUCAAAAACAAGUUCUUAUUGAAAAUGAACAAAAUCAAUGUUUAUCUGGUUUACGUCGUACAAUGGUACAUCUACAACAAACAAUUGAAAAUGAUCAUCAACGACAACGUCAUUCAUCAUCAAUUAAUUCAUAUAAUUCAUCACCUACAACACAACAAAAUCAAAUAUUAUUAUCAUCAUCUGAUAUUAUUCAAUGUUAUAUUUGUUAUUCAAAGAUUGAAAUACAAUCAAAAGAUUUAGUUUCUUCACUACCUAUAUUAUGUGCUGAUUGUCAUCGACCUGUCUGUCGACGUUGUGGUAAUUAUACAUCACCAGAACGUAUUAAUAUAUCAGAUGGAAAUAAUUUUGAAAAUCAAACUCAUAUAUCUAAAUGGCGUUGUCGAACAUGUAUUGUACGUCGUGAAGUAAUCAGAAAAUCUGGUUCUUGGAAUACUACUACUACUCAAGAUGAAGUAUCAAUUCAUUCACCUGUACGUUUAUUACAAAAAUUAUCAGCUUUUCGUGCAUCAACUGCUUCAACACCUGUAUCUUCAUCGACAUCACCAUCACCAUCACCACAAAAUGAACGUAAAUCAACAAUUUUAAGUGAAUCAACAAAUUUUUUUACACGUCUAUGGCGUCCUAAUACAACACAUCAACGAGCAUCAUCACAAAUUUUAAUUGCUUCACAUGAAACAAAUUCAUCAUCAUUUGAUCAUAUACCUGAACCAAAUUCAACACUUAUCGAUACAUCAUCUAUUCCAUCAACAUCAUCACCAUUUAAACCAAAUCAUCGUAUAUCAUUUAUACGUGAUGUAUCAUCAAAAACUUCAACACAAUUAUGUCAAUUUUCAUCAUCAUUAGUUCAAUCACCAUUACAACCAACAACAUCAAGUACAAUAACAGAUCCAUCAUUUGAAGAUACAACAUCAGAACAACCAUGUGAUACAACAAGUGAAUUUUAUUCACAAAGUUUUGAAACAAAUAUUGAUAGUAGUAAUUCAAAAAUAGUUGAUGAAGAAAUUUCUGAAAAACAACAACAACAACAACAACAACAACGAUUAACAUAUGAUGAACGACAUCGUCGUUUAAGUCUAUCAGCACAACCUGUGAUACAACAAACAGUACAAAAAAUAUCUUCAUUACCCUUACAAAUAACUGAACAACAUCAUAGUGAUAGUCUUAAUUCACCAGAAGCAAAUAUUGAUGUUAGUAUGGCAAUAGAUUAUUUUUCUACUCCAAUAAUAACGACACAAUCAAUAACAGAAAAUUCUUUAAUAUCAAAUAAUAAUAAUAAUAAUAAUAAUAACAAUAAUUAUCAACAAAUACAUCACACAAGUAAUCGACAUUCUGAUACAUGGGCACGUAAACGAGCAUUAAUGCAUCGUGAUUAUCAAUGGACAACAACAUUAGAUGAUGUUGAAUCAAUAACAAAUAAUAAUCCAACUGUUUUAUUAGAAUCAAUAACACAUACAAAUCAAAAAAUUUUAUCAUCAUCAUUACCUUCAACAAAAACAAAUUCUAAAACGGAUUCAUUCAAUGUAGGUUUACGUCGACGACGUUCUUCUCGUCGUUUACCUGAAAUUCCUUCAAAUUCUAAAAUUUCAUCAAAUAAUAAUGAAACAAUUUAUAUAGAUGAAAUUAAAUUUCAACCAUCACCAUCAUCAUCAUCAUCAACAUCACAUAAUAAUGAACAACAAUCAUCUCAACUUAUACAUGAAAAUUCUAUUUGUAAUAAUCGUUCAAAAACUAUUAAUUCAGAUUCAUCAUUACCAUCUCGUUCAAUACAUACAAAAUUAUUACAUACACAUCAAUCACAAAAUACGAAAUCAGUUGAUUUAGCAAAUUUAACACGACGAAAAUCAUUUCUUAUUAUUAAUAAUACAUUAUUACCACAACGUUCACUUGAUUAUCCAUGUAUUGUACGUAAAGCACCUGAUCUAUCUGAUAUUGUUCGACAACGUAUGUUAUAUUCAAGAAUGUCAAAACAACAACAAGGAGAACAUUUUUCUCUAAGUCUUGAACGUGAACAUGUACCAAAAGUACCAAGAAAAAUUAUUAUUAGACAAGAUAAUAGCAUCGAAAUUGCAUUAAGUAAACCACCUAAACUUCGUCGACAAACAUUAUCAGAAGAAUUUUGUUAUGGUUAUAAUCCUGAAGUUGAAUUUGCUUCAAUAGUACCAAUAACAAAUGCUUCAUCAACACUUGGUCUACCUCUACCAUCAUCUGGAUCAGGUUUAACAGCUGGUGAUAGAAGAAAAACAAUUGAAACAUGUGAAAAUAUUUAUUUACAUGCUGAAGAAAGUUCAAAAUUACGUGCACGUACACCACCAUCAAAUCCACAUCGAAUUUUACUUCAUCGAGAUAAAAAUGAUACAUCAAUACGAACAAAUGGUCUUGGUAUGCGUAUUGUUGGUGGACAAGAAUGUGAAGAUAGUAGUCUUGGAUGUUUUGUAACAAAUGUUUUACAUGGUGGUCCAGCUGAUAUUCAAGGUAAUAUUGAAGUAGGUGAUCAAAUACUUGAAUUUAAUGGACAUUCAUUAAUUGAAUCAACAUAUGAAGAAGUACGAAUUUUACAAGAUCAUUGUGGUGAUAUUGUACAAUUAGUUGUUCAACAUAAUAAUGUUAGAUUACAAAUAAAUAAUGGUCAAAUAUUAUCAUCUAUUGAAAUUUCAAGACAUUUUGAAACUGUACCACGUUUAUCAUCAUCAUUAACACGAAAACGACGAAAUUUACCACCAUUACCACCAUCAUUAUCAUCAACAAUUCCAAAACAGAAAAAAAAAGAUUUAUAUGAAACUGUUGAAACACUUGAAGUACCAAAUGUUAAAGAACUUAAACCAAUAUUAAUUAAUCGUGGAAGACUUCUAGCUCAAAUUUGGCAUGAUGUUGAUGAUAUGAAAUUAGCUUUAACAAUAAUUCAAGCAGGUAAUCUUCCUUUAAGAUCGAAUGGUGAUCAUCCAUAUGCAUUUAUAACUGGUAAAAUGCUUUUUGAAGAUCGUGGUUUUGAUAUGUUUGAAACAAAAAUAAUUCAUUCAUCAAAUCCAAUUUAUAAUGAAACAUUUGUUUUUCAUGAAGUUGAAAGUAUGGAUGUUCUUCAUUUAGAAAUAUUACUUUGGGAUAAAAAACAAUAUCAAACAAAUAAUGAUAUUACAGAUGAAUCUGAUGAAUUUCUUGGUAUGAUACAAUUACCAUUAAAUGAAGCUAAUCUUGAAGAUGAACCACGUUGGUAUGAAUUACGUGAUCGUCAAACACGUAAACCAUCAGCAACAAAUGUUACAUUUAAAUCAUCAUCAAUAGAAAGUGCUGAUAGUUGUCGUAAAAUGCCACCAUUAUUAUUAUCAUCAUCAUUAACAAAUAAAUAUGAUGAACGAUUAAAAAUAUCUCCUGAAUCAUUAAUACAUACAUUAAAUCCUUCAAUUGAUUAUAAUCGAAAAAAUUCUUUUACACAAACAACUUCUAAACAUAUAAAUAUAACUAAUUCAACAAUUCCAACUAUUGUUAUGACUGAUAUUGAUGAUGAUAAAAAUGAUGACGAAAAUUCUCGACGUCAAUCAUCAAUAACAAUACAAUCAGUUAAAUUAAAACGUCGAAUAUCAAAAGGUUUAGCAAAAUUAUUUGAUGGUCAUACAAGACGUUUUAGUGAAUCAACACCUAAUUCACCAAAAAAUCCAACAUCAAGAAAAUUAUCAUCACAAAUACAUACAAAUAUUGAUAAAGAACAUCAUCAUAUGGAUUUAUCUAUUGGUGUUAUAUUAGAAAAUUCAUCUAAUAAUACAGAUAAAUCACCACGUCAAAGUAUAAUAUCAACAAUAAAUCAAGAUGAACAACAAACAUUAAUACGUCCUAUUCCAUUACAACAAAUGCCUAUUGGACAAUUAAUGUUACCAUAUAUACCAUCAUCAAGACAUUCAUCUAUAUCAGGUUCAAGAAAAUCAUCAGCUACAUCAAAUUUUGAUAGUGAUGAUGAUAUUGAUAGAUAUUUUACAUUAUCCGAACAAGAACAAAUAAAUGAUGAUGAUAAUAAUAAUAAUAGUAAUGUUCAAACACAUACUGUUGGUCCAGGACAAGUUACACCAAGAAAUUAUGAAAAUAUGAUUCAAGAUUAUAUAAAUAUGGGAAAAAUUCAACUUGGUUUAAUUGUUACAAAAGGUCUUUUAGAAAUUGAUAUUAUAUGUGCAAAAAGAUUAGAACGUAUUAUUAAUGAAAAUACUGAUAAUCAUGGAGCAAGAAUUGAAGAUAUUCCACCUGAUACAUAUGUUAAAACAUAUCUUCGAACGGGUACACGACGUGUACAAAAACGUAAAACUACUACAGUAAGAGGAAGUUAUAAUCCAGAAUAUCAUUCAAAAUUAAAAUAUAAUGCAUGCAAUGUUAUGGGCCGUCGUCUUCAAGUAACAGUAUGGCAACGUGGUGGUAAAUUUGAAAAAAAUCAAUGUAUUGGUGAAGCAUUUAUUCAACUUGAUAAUUUAACAUUAAAUCAACAUACUAUAGCUUGGUAUAUAUUAUUUCGAGAAAAAUUAGUUGAAAGCGAAUUUUAUGAUUCAAGUUGA